ACUUAACAACGUUUGGCAAAACUAUGGCUUAUUUUGGUAGUUAUGGUGCAAUACUUAGUAUACUUUGAGUUCCUUGCUAGGAAUUCUAGUGAUAGUAGAAACAGGAAGAGUUUUAAUUUGAGUAAGACAUACCAGGCACAAUGCUAAGGCUUUAUGGACAUUUUCUCAAAACAGUCCUAAGAAAUAGAAGAUACUAUUUGUAAUUAUAGGUGAGGAAGUGGAUGGUCAGAGAAGUUAAUUUAUCUAAGGUCAUACAACUAUGAAAUGAAAGAGACAGCACUCCAGCUCUGGUCUGUAUUACCCCAGAGCCUGUGCUCCUUCCCCUGUAAUUUGUUGCCACCCUUGGUGAUGUUCCUUGGUAGAAAAUUAUUUACUUAAUGUUCAUCAAGUUACUUUCUUUAUCAUGCCAACCUUCAAAGCUUUUGUGAUUAAAUUGAUCGUGAUCAAAUACUGUGGCAUAUGGCUAAAACAUUAGUUCAUAUUGUAUUUAUUGAAGAAAUUAUAAAGUAUAUGAUAGUGUCAAAAUAAAAUUUGUAAUUUAAGAAAAUAUAAUGCAUGGUUGAAAGAGACCAGUGUGUUCUUUUGUGAGUGAAUUUUUCCGUUUGACUUGUGGGAGAAGACAGUGCUGGGAAGAGGAGGAGGAAGAAUGUGGAAGACCCAAGGUCGGAGGAGAAAGGAGGAAAACACGAGAAGGAAUAACAUGGAGAGUUCACUACUGGGCUGCAAGAAGUUCUGAAAUGGAAUGGAUGGGGAUAUAAUGAUUCCAAGUUCUUCAUCAAUAAGAAGGGUCAAGUUGAGUUGACUGGGAAAAGAUACCCACUUAGUGGCAUGAUUUUACCAACUUUUAAAGAUUGGAUCCAAAAUACCCUUGGAGUAAGUCUGGAGCAUAAAACUACCUCUAAAGCAUCCUUAAACCCUAAUGAUACACCUCCUUCUAUUGUAAAUGAAGAUUUUCUUCAUGACCUUAAAAAAACUAAUAUUUCAUAUUCACAAGAAGCAGAUGAUCGAGUAUUUAGAGCUCAUGGUCAUUGUCUUCAUGAGAUAUUUACACUCAGGGAAGGAAUGUUUCAGCGAAUUCCUGAUAUAGUUUUAUGGCCGACAUGUCAUGAUGAUGUAGUUAAGAUUGUGAAUCUAGCGUGCAAAUAUAACCUUUGUAUCAUACCAAUUGGUGGAGGAACAAGUGUUUCAUAUGGCCUGAUGUGUCCUGCAGAUGAGACGAGGACCAUUAUUUCUUUGGAUACUUCACAAAUGAAUCGAAUCCUCUGGGUCGAUGAAAAUAAUCUGACUGCUCAUGUAGAGGCUGGCAUAACUGGACAAGAGUUGGAAAGACAGCUUAAGGAAAGUGGUUAUUGUACAGGUCAUGAACCAGAUUCCCUGGAGUUCAGCACUGUGGGAGGAUGGGUAUCUACUCGGGCAUCAGGCAUGAAGAAGAAUAUCUAUGGCAACAUUGAAGACCUGGUGGUUCAUAUAAAAAUGGUAACACCUAGAGGUAUAAUAGAAAAAAGCUGUCAAGGACCUCGUAUGUCAACAGGCCCUGAUAUCCAUCACUUCAUCAUGGGAUCUGAAGGAACUCUUGGUGUGAUAACAGAAGCUACAAUAAAAAUCAGACCAGUCCCUGAAUACCAAAAGUAUGGCUCAGUAGCUUUUCCUAAUUUUGAACAAGGAGUAGCCUGUUUAAGAGAAAUUGCAAAACAGAGAUGUGCUCCUGCAUCUAUUCGCCUCAUGGACAACCAGCAGUUUCAGUUUGGUCAUGCUCUUAAACCUCAGGUUUCCUCUAUUUUUACAUCAUUUUUGGAUGGAUUGAAAAAGUUUUAUAUUACAAAGUUUAAAGGAUUUGAUCCCAAUCAGCUAAGUGUAGCUACAUUACUGUUUGAGGGGGACCGUGAGAAGGUUCUUCAACACGAAAAGCAAGUGUAUGACAUUGCUGCAAAAUUUGGUGGGUUGGCCGUUGGAGAAGAUAAUGGACAAAGGGGUUACUUGCUGACCUAUGUCAUUGCGUAUAUUCGAGACUUGGGUUUGGAAUACUACGUAUUAGGAGAAUCCUUUGAGACUUCUGCUCCUUGGGACAGAGUUGUAGAUCUCUGUAGAAAUGUCAAAGAAAGAAUAACAAGGGAGUGCAAAGAGAAAGGUGUUCAGUUUGCUCCUUUUUCUACAUGCAGGGUGACGCAGACUUAUGAUGCAGGUGCAUGUAUCUACUUCUAUUUUGCCUUUAACUACAGGGGAAUUAGUGACCCACUGACUGUGUUUGAACAAACUGAGGCAGCUGCUAGAGAAGAGAUCCUCGCUAAUGGAGGGAGCCUGUCACAUCACCACGGAGUGGGCAAGUUACGGAAGCAGUGGCUAAAGGAAAGUAUCUCUGAUGUCGGCUUUGGGAUGCUGAAGUCUGUCAAGGAAUAUGUGGACCCCAAUAACAUCUUUGGAAACAGAAACCUUUUAUAAAUUCGUUACUAUUCUUACAAAAAAAGUCAUUUUUUUUUUAAUUCUUCAAGUAUGGUUAUACCAGUAAUCAAAUAUAUCAUGGACUGUAUUUUGGCCGUAUUUGUUAAUUGGUUUUAAAAUGUUUGUUUUCAUUCUGUAGUUUGUUUUGUUUCUACAUCUAUGGAUUGACAGAUGGUAUUCCUAAAUCUCUCUGGUCGUAGGUACAUUGGUUCAUAGCCAAAUGGUUAUUAUUUCAAGUUUUACUCAGGCAGCACAAAGCUACCAGUUGUUAUAUCCAAGGAAGAUGCUGCCAGCUGUUUUGUAUUGAAGCUUCCUCUUGGGGAACAAAGGCAGGUUUUGAUGUCAUCUAUUCCUUAUCUAACCUCUUUUUAAAAGGACGUUUCUGGGAAGUCGGUAUCUAGGGAAGAAUUCCACAGAGGAGUGAUUGACAUAAUGCUUUUUAAGAGCACAUUCUAGUGUGAGAACGCUGUUAAGAGAGAAUAUUCAUGAAAGAAUAUAGGCAGUGUGUUAUUUGGGAUGCCUUGAGUUCUGUCAGGUGCUUGGCCUGCAUUUUUCUUUGUAAUUAGUAUACAGAUUUAAACAUCAAAUUAUCAGUAUACAAAUUGUACUGUUUGGGGACAUGUUUUUGUUUUCCAUGUUUUUGUUUCUACUGAGGUAUGAGUUAUAUUUGUAUCACUGAGAUAACGUAUUGUUAUAUCCUAGUUCAUUCAUUAUAUUUUGUAAGAAAAGCUGACUUUCACUCAUUGUACGUGAAGAACAAGUUUACCAUGAAAUUAAUGUCUUUCUUCACCUUGGAGACCUAUUGUUUCUUGUUUCACUUUCUUGUGCUGAGAUGCAGAAGCAGCAGCUACAAGAGGGCAGAAGAAGGAAGAUUUUUUACCCUUAAUAACUCCAGUAGGAAGGGCUGUUUGACUAAAGACACACAGUCAUCGUCCAGCUAUUGAAUUUGAAAGCCUCAACAGUUUCAAUGGCAAAAAAAAAUUUUUUUUUUAAUGAAUCCAAGCAGCGUGAUCAAUUUUCACCUGAAAGUAAAAUUUCCAUUUAGUUUUUAAUAAUGGUAUAAUGUCUUUUUUUAAUUACUGGUUUAACCUAAAAUUAAAGAAAUGUUAUGUAGUAAUGCAUAUGCCAUAAUCAAAAGUUUGAAAUAUCAUAUUUCUUAAAUAAUAGGGAGAACAUUAAUCACAUUAGCAAGCAUUUUUACAUUCAAACCUGGAUAUUAAAAUAAGUGAAAUGAUUAUUUUGAAUUACUGUCUGUCAAGGUUCAUGAUUCACAAUUCAAGAUGGAUUCUUUUCUUAAUACAAUACUUUUGAUAAUUUUUUAAAUUAAUAUUUGAUCAGAUAAUGUAAGUCAAAAUGCAGACAAUCCUUUAAAAGGACACACUGUCUGUCUGUGUAACAGCAGCUCCAAAGUAUUUUUGGGCAGUUUGAUACCUUUUAUAUCUGAAGUAGCCUUAACCAGAAAAGUAAAAAAUUCAAAAUUGACAAAAUGCUGUUUUUAAGACUUCAAAAUGAUAAAUCAUUUUUAACUAUUAAAAUUGGCCUCAAACUAAUAAACUUAAAUCUGUAAGCAAAUUAAAAUUAAAUAUUAGUCUAACAAUAAAACUAAAUAUAUAUUUAUUAGAAGCUGCCUCUCUUCAUUGGUGAUUUAUUUUCAAUUAUAAAAUUUCCAGCAGAUCUUUGUGUGAAGCCCAUGAUUUUUGAAAUAGUUGGAUACUUACGAGGAAAUUGCUUCUAAAAUUAUAAAAAUCUCAGCUUUAUAAAAUGCAGCUGUUUGUGAAGGUAAUUUCUCUAAUUAGUGAUCAAAAUGUAAAGUUUAAUAAGUUACUAAUAUCAUUAGAAGUAUAUACAUGUUUCUGAGUAAUUUUUUUUUAAUAAAACUUAAAGAUUCAUAAGCAGAUCCAUUCCCUUGCAUGUGAUUGUUAUAACAUACUUUCCCAGGGAGUUCAGAUUUCACCAACCCCAGAAAUCAGUACUUGGUAUUAGGAAACUGUAAGUGUAAAAAUGCACCUUAGAAGUGAUGACAGUGAGACUGCAUCUCACAUACCUUGGACAUGUUGUCAGGAGGGACCAGUCCCUGGAGAAGGACUUCAUGCUUGGUACAGCAGAGGGUCAGCGAAAAAAAGAGGAGGACUCUCAAGGAGAUGGUUUGACACAGUGGCUGCAGCUGUAGACUCAAACGUAGUAAUGAUUGUGAGGAUGGCACAGGACUGGGCAGUGUUUCUUUCUGUUACACAUAGGAUUGCUAUGAGUCAGAACUGACUCGAUGGCACCUAACAAAAACAAAAAAUAAAUGUAACACCUGAAAUUGUCGUGUUCAGUAUUCUGUAUGAACCUUCUGGAAAUAAGUGAUUUAUUUUGGUUUUUCUUUUUCCACGUAUGCAGGACUUCCCAUCUUUGAUUUUAUAAUGGUGACUACAUUUUGUAGCUGGAGUCAUUUCUACAGCGAUCAUUUUUGAAACACAUUAACAUUCAUCAAUACUGCUUCAUUCUGAUUUAGUAGCCUUGUCCCUACUGUUACACACUUGCUUCUGAGAGGUGCCUGGGUCUAUGCUUAUGGAGGACUGAGUUCAUGAAGAAGCACUGAAGUCUUGCCUCCUAACGCUAAAAUAUCUGAAAAAGUCUUCAUAAAAGUUAAAGCUGGGAGAAUGUUGUAAGCCUUCUUAACUCAUUUUGAGUAAGUUUAUAUUAAAUAUUAGAAGUCCUUAGCCUAUCUGGUUUUUAGUACUGUGUAACACGCAUUCGUCUUCCCUAAAUUAUAUUUUUCUUAAAUUUGAUGAGGUCACAUCUGGGUUGAGGUUUCAGUAGGGAUGGGAAUUUCCGGAUAGUUGGAAAUGGUAUUGAAUACAACGACUCAACGUGAACAGGCUUUGUCGACCCUUACAGAACCUGUUGCCUUAAUGUUUGGGGCAGUUUAUAGUGCGUAAGUCAAUUUCAUCGUAGGUGAAGUAACUUGAGCUUUUUUAGUUUAGUAAGGAUUGUGGAAGCUACACAUUUGUUGUGCCCAGCAUUUUACCACAGAGAGGGUUAACGUACUUCCUUUUCUGACGAGCUGGGAGUUGUCUUCUUAAAAUUGCUUACAUAUUAUAUUACUAUUACUUAAAAGUGGUUUAUGAAGCUGGUAGCCUUUUAGUGUGCAUAGCUGGUUGAUGUAUUUCAGGAAACAAAAGCACAAUAAUGGAUUAGCUUCCAUCAGUGUAUGUACUAUACUGGAUACAGAUGGUAUAAGAAUAUUCUGUUAGUAACUGCUAAGUCCUAGCUUGCAUUUUCAAAAUGCCUUUCUACUUCUUGGCCUCAAAGAUUUUCCUUUGUCAUAUUCUUUUAUGGCUGCAACUUCUUAACCAUAAUUGAUCAGAGAAGCUCUGUAGUCCCUGUCAGAAGUGUGUUACAUAACCUGUUCAAAUGGGGGCUGGGUUUUGUUGAGCGACUUUUCCACAAAGAUGUAGAACAUGGUUGUUUACAUGGAUCGAUUGACAGAAUGCAUGUGUCGCUGGUGUUGGGGGCAGCCAGGAAGGAAGGCCACAGGAAGCAUAUCAAAAUUUUAAGAAACCGAAACGGGAGUUAAGGACAGCUUUAAUAAUUUUUUAUUCACCAGUUUAUCUUUAGUAAUUUUCGUUUUAAGUAGGGCUUAGUUCAUGGUGGGAUAAAAGCUGAAAAUAAAUGUAGUUUAGGAUUGAAGGAUCCAGUGUUUUACCUUUCACUUAUGAGUUAUGGAAGCUUAGCUUUCCUAAAGGCAUCAUGUUUCCAAAUGAACCACGUGUCAACAAAUUCAUUUAAUUCUUAAUAAUUUCAGUUUCCUGAAAAAUAAACAACUCAUACAUGAUGAUGAAAUACAGAAAGUAUAAAAAAUAUUCUCAAACUGUUGAAAUAUAGUGUCUCAUAUGAAGGAUGUAAGUUACUCAGCUAUCCUCCUCCCUAAGCCAAACAGUGUUUGUAUUCAGUGUGAAAUUUAACUGUAAAAAUUGUUUGUAAUGUCAAGAUUAUAGAAACUUAUAUUAUUAAUAAAAAGAACAUGAGUCUAAGAAUUUUUUUUUCUUCAAAGGAAGCGUGAAACUUGAUUGUUCUGUUAGCAUAUGGGUUUUUCUUUGAACUUCAGUUUUUCGUCUUCGUCCAUAUAUCCACUGACUUGAAAGUGGAAAAUUCUUUCCUAUAACUUCACUGAUGUAGCAUAAUCACUGCGUGCAACCUAAAUAUGACUAAAUCCCUUUCAAUUAUAGCUGAGUAUAUUAAUGCUAACUAAAAGGUUUUAUCGAUCUCUGUUUUUAAAUUAAUGUUGUAUUCUUAGGAGAUGUUUAGCCUCCUGUGAGCUUGAAGCAUUCCUUCUUGAACUUUGGAAGAUCCUCAAAGAAUGAGCUUUCCUGUGCUCUACUAACCACAACAAUCCCUUAGUAAACAUGAGUAAGGACCACUGAUAAGUGUAUGUAUAUACAUACAUAUACACACACACAACAUUCAAGCCAAAGAACCAUCGAAGAAGUAAUUUUAGUUCUGUGAACAUGAAAAGAUUAUUUUUUUGAUUCCCAAAGGAGGUUAUUUUACACUUUUUUUCCUACAGGGAAGAAAAAUAAUACAUUAAGUAUCAUUAACAUUUUUUCAGACUCUGAGCAUCUGAAUCAGAGAGAGAAGGAAAAAAUUGUUUUACGGUGGGUUUCUUAGCAACAUACAUAACGUUUUUUAAGACAUUUUACCGUUCGUAGUGUUUUCCUUCUCAUGAAUGACACAAACACCUAUAAAACAUGCUCAGUCCUUAGAAUGUGCUUGUUCAUAUAUCUGGAAAGGACAUGAAAUGCUCCUACUGGUAUGCAGUUUCUAUAACUAAUCAUUUUUUGAGCUUCUUAAAAGAAUAUUCUCAAAAGCUCACAGUGCCUUGUUGGGGUAUUUUGUUUUUUGUGAAAUAGCCAUUAUUUAAAAUGAGUGGAGAGGCUAGGUUUUUAAAGACAGAGGUUGGUUGGAAGUUCAAGGCCGUUCCUCUUCAAGAACACGUCAGGCAUUAAGUAGUAUGUAGAAACCCUGGUAGUCCUUUCAACAGCAUUGGUUUGGAUCACCUACUCUAACAUAUUUAACUGUGUGGUGGACCUGUACUCUCACAUAAAUCUAACAAGUCAGUGGGGAUUUAUAUGUACUUUUCAUUUCUACUGUCCCAAACAUAGUCACCCUAAAGUGGCUUGGCGUAUGUGAUAUACUCACCCAGACCCUGAGACACCGCGUGCUUCUGGAUGUUCGCUCACAUACUCCCUGAGGAGCAGAGCCUGUGAGGGGGGUUUCUAUUUCUUAUGUUGUGUGUCCUUUUUUGUGUGAUGGUGCCUUCAGAAUAAUGAGUAUUUCUGUUCCUGGACAAUGAUAAAUCUUAGGAGAAAUAUGUGUAGGUUAUUUUUCUUAAUUUUUGUCUUUUCUGCUAAGCCUGUGAAAUACUUUGGCUCUGACACAACUUGAAUAAUAUCCUGAGUCUUCCUCCAAGGCAGUACAUAUUCCUGCCAGUACUGUAGUAAUCUUUUGGGAACUACAUGUGGGUAAGCACUUGUAUGUAAGCCAUUAUACUGCUGUAACUAAUGCAUACAGACAAUUCUUCUCUUUACAUUUAUAGUCUAAAUGUGAAUAUGUAGUGGGAAGGAGACUUCCUGAGAGAUUCCAGCAUAGCUUUUGUCAGUUCAGACUGAGCCAUACUGUUUUCCACAAGGGCUCAACACGUAGUCUUAAUACUGUGCUUUCAGUGUAUAUUCGGAUUCUUCUUUUAUUGGUUUUCCUAGACUGUAUGAGCAAAUGCCCAUGUUGUGAUUUUUAAGAUGUGCUGGGAAAAAAUAAAACAAUACCAAAACCACUCAUUGUUACAAAAAUUGUUGCUUCUUUCAUAUAGACCCUUUGUUGACAGCUAUGUGGAGAAAAUGAGUAGGAUACAGUCCAUGCCCAUGAGUAGCUUCUCUGGUAGUGCAGGACAUGUAGACAGAUGUUGAUUUCAUCUCUGCCUGUGGCUUCCAUGUUGGAAGAAAGGUGUCGCUGUGUCUGGGCUUUGAAAUGACUGAUCGAGGGUCAGACCUGUUGAACUCAAUCUAAACAAUAAUACUACCCACUCUUAAGAUUUUAUCCCUUAUGUUAUUUAAAGCAAUUUUCUACCUGCGUCAUACAAGCUCAAACUGAAUGAACCUUAGAAAUUAUAUGCAUUACACAUGCAGACAGGCUGUGCCUGAAACUUCCAGGCAGCCAUAAGACUACCAUUCCAUGGGUAGGUACUACGUUCAUCUGUGAUCAAGCUGAACACACGAGACAUACACUGUUGGCAAAGUGAAAAAAAAAAAAAAGUGAAAGCCAUUAUUAUUCACAGAAAGCGAACAGUAAACAGUAACAGGUUCUCAAGGGGGAAAAGCUUACCCUUCCACAAAUUACCCAUGUCCAUUCUUAUGUCACUGGGCAGCCAUGCCGUGGUUCAGGUCAGAUGCUGUAUUCAUGUCACCGCUGCCUCUGGCUGCCACCAUGCUGCCUUGGGGAGCCUCCACGGCUUCAGAGGCUUUUGCUUUUCCAGUGGGCCUCACAGCCUUGCCUCGCUGGCAGGAAGACUCUUGUACAGAAUCUCCAGACCUUCUGCCCCUGGGUCCUUCGAGGUCUCUGCUGUUGGCUCCCACCACACUACCCAGGUCCGCAUGGUUUUCUCCUGCCACCACAUUA